AUGGCGAGCGACAAGGACAUCAAGAAUGAGACGGAGUUCGUUGCUCCCGCCGCUAAGAAGCGCGGUUGCGUCAACCACUGCAAGCGCUUCUGGUGGGUGUACUUGAUUGGCACCAUCGCCGCAAUCAUCUUGAUUGUCUGUCUCAUCAUCUUUGUCGGUGUUCCCAACAUCGCCCAGAACAAGCUUGACGAUGCCGAGCUCACACUUGACUCCAUCGUCAUCUCCCAAACCAAGCCCAACUCCUACAACAUGGCCGUCAACUCCACCAUCCGCACCGACGGCAAGACCCACGCCACCAUUUCCCCUUUCACCGGCGUCAUGUACCUCGAGGACCUCGAGCCCCAUACGCCCUUCGCCAGCGUCAACUUCCCCGAGACCACUUCGGAGAAGGAGCAGAUCGUCAAGGUCGACCAGCUCGUCGAGGUCACUAACAUGGAUGCGUACACUACUUUCAACACCUGGUUGCUCCUAAACGAGACUCUUCGGUUGACUAUCGAGGGCGAUACCCACGUCAAGGUUAAGGGUAUUUCGAAGAAGUUUGGCGUUACUUUUAAGAAGACUGUUGAGCUCAAGGGCAUCAACGGCUUCAAGGGUCUCAAGGUCCACGAAGACGAAUCACAGGUGGACCCUAUGGUGAAAACGAAGAACUACAAGGGUGUCGUCGACGUUCCCAAUGCCUCCAUCCUCACCAUCGACAUCGGCAAUGCCACCUUCGUCAACAUGUACAAUGGCGAGGAUAUUGGCACCGUCUACAUGGACAACCUCAUCCUCUCCCCCGGCGUCACCACCGUCUCCAUCUACGCAGACAUCGAUCAGGCCCCCGUCCUCAAUGCCAUGACCACCCAGCCCCACUGUGUUGACGGCGUUAUCCCCUUCAGCAUGAAGGGUAAGGACGUCACCCGCGACGGCGAGGAGAUCCCCUACUUCGCCGGCGCCCUUAGGGCCCUCACUCAGGAGGUUGAUAUUCCCCUCAAGCAAGCCUUUGCUGACGCUGGUCUUAAGGACCUGAAAUGUCUUAACGUUAGUAGUAAGAAGGAGUAG